UCUCUCUCUCUCUCUCUCUCUCUCUCUCUCUCUCUCUCGUGCCAUGGACGAUUCGAAACAACUCUUCCAAUUCGUACAAUCAGUUUUCAUAGGCCUCAUUUUCUCCUUCCUCCUCGCAAAGCUCAUAUCCGUUGUAGUCUCUUUCCGCGACGAGAAGCUCAGUAUCGCUCGCAGCGAACCCGAAUCCGAAUCCGAACCCGAAGCUAGCGACCCGAAACCGGUUUCUGACGAGCCGGACGAGCCGAUUGGGGAGGAUUCUAGGGGUUUCGCGCAGGAACGAGUCGAACCGGGGACGGCGAGCGAUAGCGAUGAUGAUUGGGAAGGGGUUGAGAGUACCGAGUUGGACGAGGCGUUUAGUGCUGCCACGGCAUUCGUGGCUGCAGCCGCGGCCGACCGGUUAUCGCAGAAAGUGUCGAAUGAUUUGCAGUUGCAGCUCUAUGGGCUGUACAAGAUUGCCACCGAGGGACCGUGUAGCGUGCCCCAGCCGUCGGCGUUCAAAAUGACUGCGCGUGCGAAGUGGCAAGCAUGGCAAAAAUUGGGUGCUAUGCCUCCUGAAGAAGCAAUGCAGAUGUAUAUUUCUAUUAUUACGGACUUAUAUCCUUCUUGGGCCAGUGGUUCAACUUCUAAGAUAAAGGGUGGAGAUAGUAGUGGCAGACCGAGUGGAGAUAAUAAAGGACCAAUGGGCCCUGUUUUCAGCACAUUUAUUCAUGAAGAGGAAUCUGGAAAUGAGUUAAAGAUGGAUGCCAUACAUGCGUUCGCUAGAGAAGGAGACGGGGAGAACUUGCUCAAGUGUAUUGAAGGUGGUGUUCCAGUUAAUUUGAAAGAUAGCGAGGGUCGGACUCCCUUGCACUGGGCUGUGGAUCGUGGCCAUCUUAACAUCACAGAACUGCUUGUAAGCAAGAAUGCUGAUAUUAAUGCUAAGGAUAAUGAAGGCCAAAGUGCAUUGCAUUACGCUGCUGUUUGCGAUAGAGAAGCAAUCGCUGAGUUCCUUGUGAAGCAAAACGCUGACACAGAUCUGAAGGAUGAUGAUGGGAACGCCGCUUAUGAUCUCUGUGACAUGAAGUGGCCUUGGUUACAACAUGCAGUAGCCUGAUUAACGAUGGAUUCCGUACUCCCACUCAACUAAUGGAAUCGUCGGCUGUUUUUGGUUUCUGUACAUACUAUAUAUGAUAACAACCCUUUAGCUCUUGUCGACUUCGUGAUAUAUUGGCUGUGGGCAAUUCUGUUAUUUUGAGCCUCUUUUUGUCAUCAAUUAUUCGCUUUCGUCUUCUUUGUUUUCGUGUAGUAUUUUUUAGCUGAUUGGUUUUAGAAGGGAAAUUGAUUCGGGAGCUUUUAUU